CAUCAACCGCUGAGGCAUUGGGCCACAUGGUUGGUGUAAUUACACAAACACAACAGAAGUUGGCUUUACCGAGAUUAAUCCCCACUAUUUUGGAAUUGUAUAAAAGAGAUCUUGGUAUUGCGUUUGUGGCAACAUGUAGUCUCCACAAUCUUCUAAAUGCCUCUUUACUGUCAGAAAGUGGUCCUCCUUUGCUGGAUUUCAAGGACCUGACAGUUGUUUUGUCGACACUUCUUCCAGUGGUUUGCAUCUAUAAUGGCAGCCAAGAUAGUUCAGAUUUCUCAGUGGGACUGAAGACCUACAAUGAACUUCAACAUUGCUUUCUGACAGUUGGCUUGGUAUACCCCGAGGAUUUGUUUGUGUUCCUUCUGAAUGUGGGUAUCAUCUCUGAGCGUGAAGAUUUUCAAGGCACAUUACUUUGCGUGGUUUACUAUUUUUAAGUGAUUCUUAUUGUUUCCUUCCUCCAUGCAUA